AUUUAUUUAUUUUUUCUUCCCUUCUCUAUGAAUCUUGGUGAAGAACUCUUUUCCUCAUGCUGACAAGGUGUGAAGUAAUGAUCAAAAAGAAAAGAAAAAAAACUACAAUUCUCAGUGAGACACGAGGAAGCAGGAAGUCUUUUGCUCUUAUCUACAGACUCUUCGAGUGGUAAACAGACAGACGUUCAGGAACUUCAGGAAGACUUUUCAGUGGUGUUCUGCUGAGAGUAAAAUGGCAGAGUCACUGUUCCAAACUAAAGAUCAGUACAACUGCUCAGUGUGUUUGGAACUGAUGAAGGAUCCGGCGACGAUUCCCUGUGGACACUCUUACUGUAUGAGCUGCAUUAAAGCCUACUGGGAGCAGGACGAGUUCAGCAGACCUCGAUGUCCUCAGUGCAGACAUGAAUUUCACACAAAACCUGCACUGAACAAAAACACCAUGCUGGCUGAAAUCCUUGAGAAACUGAGGAACACCACGCUUCAGGGUUCUCCUGCUCAGCCAGGAGAAGUUGUGUGUGAUCUCUGCACUGAUAUAAAGCUCCGAGCGGUGAGAUCAUGCCUGGAGUGUCGAGCUUCCUACUGUGAAACGCAUCUCCAGCCUCACUACGACAUUCCGGCUCUUAAGAAACACAAGUUAGUCGUUGCUACCGAGAUUCAGACGUGUCCGAGACACGAUAAACUGCUGGAGGCUUUCUGUCGCACCGACAACAUGUGCAUCUGUCUGAGCUGUGUAAUGGAUGAGCACAAAGGCCAUGACACGGUUUCCUCUGCAGCAGAAAGAGACGAGAAACAAGCCACACUGGAGGCUAACAAAUGCACAUUUGUGACGAAGCGCAAAAAAAGAGAGAAAGAGCUUCACGAGCUGCGAGAGGCCACUGAAGCUCAUGCACAGUCUGCACAGCAGUCAGUGGAAGACACAGAGCUAGCCUUUACCUCGCUAGUCAGUUUCCUUGAGAAAAACUGCUCUGAGGUGAUAGAGAAGAUCAGAGCUCAGGAGGAGAGCUACCUGGAUCAAUCUGCAGAUCUUCAGGAACAGCUGGAGCUUGAAAUCGCCAUGCUGAUGGGACAGGAAGACGUCAUAGACAAGUUUUUACAGACGGAGGAUAAUGUCUACUUCCUUCAGAACUUUAAGAACAUGCCCAGUGCCUCCGGAGCUGAAGAGUCUCCUAGUCGAACUUUACAGCCAGUCGUCUCUUUUAGUGCCGUGAGCCACAUGGUUUAUGAGUUUAAAGAGAAACUGGAGAUUUUCUGGAAACAGAAAGUGAACAACGUGUAACGGUGAGAUUUUGAUGUCCAGCUGCCCAGAAGAAGUUCCGCCUCAGGUGCAGCAGUUCACUUGAGCUUCACGUACCAAAGCCUGCAACUUUCAGUAGCAAAGUGUGUGUGUGUGUGUGUGUGUGUGUGUGAACCGAGAAAUGUGUGGCAGUUUCACAUUACUACUCUGUAAAUGAACUGUGAUCGUAUGUUAUGUGGUAGUUUCCGUUGCUUGGUGAAUUGUACUGUAACUAACCUAUGCUGUAUUUGAGCAUCAAAUUUGGGCAUGUGGGCGGAGCUUGAAACAGUGCUGACCACUGAUUGGUCAAAUGCAGUAGUCUUGAUAGUGGCUUUCUACCAGACAGUUUCUCAUUCUCAUUUAUAAUCUCCUUUUUCUAAUGUUUAUGUGCAGACGAAUCACAAUUAUACGGUCUGUUAUUGCAGAUUCCUUUUUAUUUAUUUACCCACAGUCAUGUUUUCUUAUCUCUCACAUUUAGCUCAAUUUGACUUUUCUUACUCUGUAAAAUCUGACAUUUUUAAUCCUCAGUAACUUCCUGUUCACUAUAAAUGCCCCUUACAUAAUGGUGUUUAUUGUACAGUGGCUCCAAAAAGUAUUUGCACACUUAAACCACACUUACAAAUGUAUGAACUUCAUUGCGUUUCUUUUAAAGAAAGAUAUCACAAGCACACUUUUCAAGCAAAACAUUUACAAAAAAAAAUAGAUUAUGUUUAAAAAUAUAAAAAAUAAUAGAUAUAGGUACUGAGCAUAAUUAGAGAAAAAAGUAUUUAGACAUUCACUAAUGGCCGCCACUGUAGGAGAAACAGCCCCAGCCUCCUGUGUGCUUUAGAGUACCCUUAGUGCAGUUUGGCUGAAAUUGUCCUCCUGACUUUCUCCACACAAACGCUCUACCAUCAGAUCCAUCCAAGUUCCAUUUGGACUCAUCUGAAGACAAGACACUUCUCCAGAAGUUGCUGUAUUCUGUGCAUGUUCUUUUGCAAAUUUCACCCUUGCUUUUUUAUUCAUGAGGCUGAUGAAUGGUUUCCCCGCCGCAUUUCUCUCCUCACUGAUCCUGUUUCGAAUAGUUUGUGCUCUAGUUGCGUCUAUAUAUAUAUAUAUAUAUAUAUAUAUAUAUAUACACAGUACUGUGCAAAAGUCUUAGGCACAUGCAAAGAAAUGCUGUAGAGCAAAGAUGCCUUCAUUAUGAAAUUAAAUGUUUCUGCAUAAAAAAAUCCUAUAAAGAGCAGUAAACAGUAAUAAAUGAAACAAAGUCAAUAUUUGGUGUGACGA